UUAUUUCAACUCUAACACAAACCCCAGUUGUACAUUUUACCCUAAACCUAACAAUCUAAUAUAAUGUCUACAUUUGGAGACCUUGUGGGGACCAGUUUGUCAGGUUUGACUUAUUAUCUAUGUGGGGACUUCUGUUCCCCACUUGUAUUGUUAAACUUCAAUCACACACACACACACACACACACACACACACACACACACACACACACAAACCUCUAUGGAUGUAGUGUUUGGAGAAAGUGUUUCCUCCAUCCCCAACACUUCCCUCCGCCCCUUUCCAUCGCUCCACUAUCACGCCCUCUUCUCCUCCCUCCACUCCACCCCCUACUGCUUUAAUUCCUCCAAUCCUCUUUGUAGGACUGACAUCUGCUACUGUCACAAACAGCAUUAAGCCAGGAGAGGAGUUGAGGAGAAAGAGGUUGUCAUUCUCAGGAACAAACAGAUCUUCCGCUUCCACUAGCUCAUCUCCCAAGUCUCACCAGGCCACAGUGGGGCUGCUUUCCCCUCUCAGCACCUCUCUCCACCCGCCGUGUUGCGGCUCUCAUCCCUGCCUGGAACCAGGGGACACCCAGGGGACACCCAAGGGACACCCAGGGGACAUCAGGGGACACCCAGGGGAAACCCAGGGGACACCCAGGGCACAUCCAGGGGCACUAACGCAGCCUCACCCAGAACCGAAAACUCCAUCUGUCCUCAUCAGGUUCCUCCUGAGUCUACAGCGUGAGCCACCCUCCCUGCUUCAACCUUACAGCGAGAGGUGUGUGUGUGUCUGUGUUUGUGUGUGAGAGAAGUGUCAACCCUUAAGGCCUUAACCCUGGAUUUCUCUGAGAUGGAGGAUCAAGGGUAUGACCGGUUUGGUGAAGGUGACUCUGACACCUACCAGAUCGACUACCGCCGUAUCGUCGGCGACACUGAACCCGCCAGACCACGCCUCUUGCCCCGCGACGGGGAACACGCACAUCCCAGCACCAGCCUGCAUGGGUCAUACACACACACCAACCCUCACAUCCAUGGCCACGAGACGGCCGCACAACGCUACAGUGCCACACGCAUCCAAGCUGGUUACGAACCGGAGAGCAUGGCUGAUUACUUGAUCAGUGGUGGGACAGGUUACGUUCCUGAAGAUGGACUGACGGCUCAGCAGCUCUUCUCUAUCGGGGAUGGACUCACAUACAAUGAUUUUCUGAUCAUGCCUGGUUUCAUAGACUUUGUCUGUGAUGAAGUGGACCUAACCUCAGCUCUGACCAGGAAGAUCACACUGAAGACUCCUCUUAUUUCCUCUCCCAUGGACACAGUCACUGAGUCCUCCAUGGCCAUCGCUAUGGCACUCAUGGGAGGAAUUGGCAUCAUGCACCAUAACUGUACUCCAGAGUUCCAGGCAAACGAAGUCCGGUUGGUCAAGAAAUUUGAGCAGGGUUUCAUCACUGACCCAGUGGUGAUGAGUCCUCACCACACAGUGGGAGACGUGUUUGAAGCCAAGGUCCGCCACGGCUUCUCUGGCAUCCCCAUCACAGAGACUGGCAAGAUGGGCAGCAAGCUGGUGGGCAUCGUCACCUCCCGAGACAUCGACUUCCUCUCAGAGAAAGACCACAACAUACCACUGGAAGAGGCCAUGACAAAGAGGGAAGAUUUAGUAGUUGCACCAGCUGGCGUCACAUUGAAAGAGGCCAACGACAUCCUGCAACGCAGCAAGAAAGGUAAACUGCCCAUAGUGAACGACAGCGAUGAGCUAGUGGCUAUCAUCGCCAGGACAGACCUGAAGAAGAACAGAGACUACCCUCUGGCUUCUAAAGACUCCCGGAAACAGCUGCUUUGUGGAGCCGCCAUUGGAACUCGGGAGGAGGACAAAUACAGACUGGACCUGCUGAUGCAGGCUGGGGUGGACGUGGUGGUGCUGGACUCCUCCCAGGGGAACUCUGUCUAUCAGAUUAACAUGAUCAACUACAUCAAACAGAAAUACCCUGAACUGCAGGUGGUGGGGGGAAAUGUGGUGACUGCAGCGCAGGCUAAGAACCUGAUCGAUGCGGGUGUGGAUGCCUUGAGGGUGGGGAUGGGCUGUGGCUCCAUCUGCAUCACCCAGGAAGUGAUGGCGUGUGGGCGUCCCCAGGGUACAGCAGUGUACAAGGUGGCAGAGUAUGCCAGGCGCUUCGGGGUGCCCGUCAUUGCAGAUGGAGGCAUUCAAACGGUUGGACAUGUGGUCAAAGCUCUGGCUCUCGGGGCAUCCACAGUCAUGAUGGGGUCAUUGCUUGCGGCAACAACGGAGGCACCAGGGGAGUAUUUCUUCUCCGACGGCGUGCGACUGAAGAAGUACCGUGGAAUGGGCUCCUUGGACGCAAUGGAGAAGAACAGCAGCAGCCAGAAACGCUACUUCAGUGAGGGGGACAAGGUUAAGGUGGCCCAGGGAGUAUCAGGGUCUGUGCAGGAUAAAGGGUCCAUCCAUAAGUUUGCCCCCUACCUCAUCGCAGGCAUACAACAUGGCUGCCAAGACAUUGGAGCCAAGAGUCUCUGCAUACUGCGCUCUAUGAUGUACUCUGGGGAGCUGAAGUUUGAGAAGAGGACCAUGUCAGCCCAGGUUGAGGGGGGAGUACACGGACUCCACUCAUAUUCUUUUGUGCCAUUUAUGAGAAGCGCUUACACUGAGGGAGGUGGUAGAGGGAGUUCAAGAGCAGCACCCAGUGUACCUGCCCCAGCAGCCACCACACACAAUGGAUACAUGUGACCUACCUACAACCACUGCUCAACCUCCACCCAACCUCGUCUACCCUAACUCAAUUCUAGCAUCACAGACCCCACAGACCCCACCACUCUCUCUCUCUGUUUCCAUGCUUUACUGGGACUGCAGAGCAGAUCUAGGUUCAAAUACCAUUAAAUUGUUUAAUGUUAAUUACUUUUGUAUUCAAUUCAAAGUAAGUAUUUUUACAUAUAUUUAUUUUGAAACAACAAGUACAGUAGUUUCAUAUUUGAAUGUUUGAAUUUGGAAGCACCCUUGGAAAAACGGAAAUCCCCUCCCAUGUAUUUCACCAAUAAAUUUGAAAAUAGUGCUUAAAAUAUGUAUUUUAAAAUACUUUGAAAUUCAGUUUGGUAAAAUAUUACUUUCAUACUCAAAUGAAGCCGUUCUUUUGGGCUGUGUAUUUGAAAUAACAAAACUAAGCAGAUAUAAAAUGUUCAUACCAGAUACUAAAAAAUUAUUUGAGCCUAGGACUGCCAUAGUUACUUUUUACCUCUUACCUGAUUGAUAAUAUGACAUAAUCAGCAACACUAUGGACUAUUGCUAAUGGCCAUGUGUUCUGUGUCAUGGCACAGAACCAGUGGGCUGGAUAAGGUACUGUAUGGAGCCAGUGUAGAACUGGGACAACCUGUGUGCUGGGAGAAAAUUAUUCCUCUGUCAGCUGGUGUAAUUUCCCCCCGGAACUCUUUAGGCUUAUACCAGUUUUGGUUGAUUUUGGUCCUAGUUUUCAGGUGUGUUUGAAGGUUUGUGAAAUAGCCUAGAGGUCUGUCAGUGUGGCUCUGUAGAGAAAACCAAAGCUACUGAACCUUAAAUCAGUGAUGACCACAGCGCCUUAAGACUGAACAUGGAGUCUGUGGCUAGUCUAGUCAGGCUUUCAGUGGGUCGUCAUUAGUUCAGAAGAAAUUAGUCACAUUAGACCACAUACUGUUUUGUCUUUGUGUGAAGUUCACCCCUAGGAUGCAUCUUUCUGAUGACAGGAUGAUUGUACAGUGAGAAAUCAACUGGCCGAAAUGUUUAUUUUAUUCUGUUCUAAUGUUAAUAAUGGGGUGUUUGCAUUAGUGUUGGUUAGCUGUUUGUCCAUUGUGUACUAUUUCCAUUUUUCAUAUUAUUUUCAUAUUAUCAGCUAUUGUUUGCAUGUAGCUCACAGGAUGACUACAGAUGUCUUUAGCAAUGGGAUAGGCAGAAACAUUAACAAUAUUGCAUCAGAAAGUUUACAUAAAAUAUAACUAGCACAUCAGUUAUAUCCACAAUAUCUAGCUAGAAUUAAUAAAUAGUUUGAGCCCUUUUGAUUUAAUCAUGUCAGCACACUCAAUUGAUACACCACCUGAUUGUUUACAUAUGGAAGAAUGUGCAGAUUUGCACUGAUAUAUAUAUAUAUAUAUAUAUACACUCA